GUGUUGAUAAGCCCUGUUGAUAUUCCAAAUAGGACUAACACAGUCAGCAACCUCUAUUGUUUGCCCUUUAUUUUCAGAGCAACACCCAUAAGGGAAAGACACUCCCAAUAUCGGCACAUCAAUCGCUUGCGGAAGUGCUCAUGUUGUGCUGCCAGAUGACAGCGAAAGCAUAAGCAGCUGCAGUGACAGAUCAUGCCGCCUAAAGAUCCCCUUCUGGAGACCCUGAAAGUGUGUAUCCUAAACUUGAGCCAGAGCGAGAGCCCAGUGACCGACUCCUGUCCCCAUCUCUCUUCCUGCUGCGAACUGUUGGAGCUCAUUUUUCGGAAAGGACUACAGCAGCCUGUGUUGAGUUUGGUGCAGAGGGACUACUGGCAUGGCCUGGAGACGCUCCUUCAGAAUGACCUUUGUGGCCGACUUGGCUCAGUAUCACUGGCGGUGGAACAAACCAUUAAUUGUAAGAAGCUGCUGACAGCUCAGGGGCGAGGUCGUUAUUUCCUCAGGCUUGCAGUGAAUCGGAGGAUUCUGGGAAAUGUAGUCAAGCACAUGUUACACACACCUAAAAUCCUAGAAUUUUAUAGCACUACUAUAUCUAUUCUGAGAAAUGAGGACAUUCUGGAGCCCUUUAUGUCCCUGCUGCUGGUGAUCUCAGAGAUGGAGUUCAAGCUUAACAUUGAGAACUGCAGUUUCCUGGAUGAGAGCUGGCUUCUCCCAGUGUGUGAGUUGUACGAAGCCGUCCCGUGUCGAGAGCUGGGCAUGGUGUUAAGGUACCUGAACGGUCGUGUGUUUGUGCUGGACCUGCUGCAGGGCAGUCAGGCGGAAGUGGACGGAUUUGUGCAGCUCGGUGACAUCAUUGACGAAAUUAACGGGACUUCACUCAGGAACGCCAGUAACGGACAGGCCGGUGUGAUCCUGUCCAGGCUGAAAGGGCAGCCGCUCUCCCUGCGUCUGCUGAGGUGCCGAGACCCUGAUGGUGCUGUGUUCCGGCCCCUGGUGAAGACGCUGCGACUCCUGCAGCAGGAGAACCCCGCAGUAUGCCUGGAUUCCUCCCACCUGACCCGCCGGCACGGAACCAACCCGCGCAAACUGGACCAGUCUCAGUGUCUCAGAGAAGGCAGCAGGAUUGUGUACAUUGUGCAGUUCUUGGGAAAGGCAAACAUUGGAAUGUAUGGAGGCAAGGAAGUGCUACAGUAUGGAAUUCCCUUUGUUCUGGAGAGGAGUGACUCUCGGAAGGAGGUGCUUCUAGACAUGAAGGAAACUCACUUAACGUGUACAGAAAAAAACACCAAGCUCGAAUUGUUCCAGCACCACUACCCUGAAAUAUCAUGUGUUGGGAGAUUCAGCCGUCCAGAUUACAGGAUCUUUGCCUUCUGUGUGGCGGACGUCCCAGACAGCCCCACGGCUACGGGCUUCUGCUGUGUGGUAUUGCAGGCGGCAUCGGCUCAGGAGUGUGAGGACAUCGUCAGCCGCGUAGCUGCCGGAUUCAAGCAUACAGAAUGGUCUGUAUGAGGAAACCCUGCCAGCCGAAGACCAACCAUGUGUUAGUGCCAAGCCAAAGGCGGUCCAGUAUCCAUGUAUAUAAUACCCUUCCCAUUUAAGUUUUAUUGAACCCCAUAUAGAUGUGAAUGUCUACCAACCACUGACAAACAAAUAUGGACAAGUUCACCAGCCACUUCAUAGUAAAUCAUUAUUUUUGCAUAUGAA